CCAUUAUCUAGUGGAGAAGGUGUAAGGGAAACAUCAUGGAUACUAACAUUUGGAGUGAAUAUAACGAGAAUGUUUUGAGGUGUAAAUAUCCCUUACAUCGCUGUUGUAGGGACGGUGACGUAGAAAUGAUAGAAUAUUUAAUUACUUGCGUUCGUUAUUCCGUACAAACCGAAGAUUGUUUUCACAGUUGGACUCCUUUCCAUUGGGCAUGUCGUUUCGGUAAAUUGGAUUGUCUCCAGAAAUUAGCAUCCUAUCUUCCUUCUAAUACAAGUAUUGAUAUCAAAUCCUCAAGAAAUUUGCAAACUCCUCUUCAUAUAUCAGCAUUAGCAUGUCAAUCACAUUGUUUGCUUUGGUUAUUACAGGCUGGUGCUGAUGCAAAUAAUCAGGAUUCACUGGGAGAAACUGCUUUGCAUAAAGCUAUUAGAAGUGGAAGCAUAGAAUGUGCUGCAAUUUUAUUAUUAAAAAAUGCUGAUAUAAGAUUUUUCUACUACAAAGACCCAGAAUUUCUAGAGGAAAAGUUGCAUAAUAUUAAUGAUCAGAGUCCUAUUGAAUUAGCAACAGUAUGUGGUAAUUCCAUUUUAACAGUAUUAAUGGACAAAAUUAAUGAAUGCAUUGCUACAAAAAAUUUGACAGAUGCAGAAAACAUCUUGCAAACUGUGAUGAAAAAUUUUACUGCUUCAUUUGCCGCUUUCUAUUCUGUCAGAAAUUAAAUCGAUAAAUAAUGAUAUAAAUUCAGUAGAAAAAGACUGUUCCAAUAUGCAGUAUGAAAUUUCUUCGCAAAAUAUAAAAAAUAGUAGGAAAAGAUCAUUUACUGAAGAUGAUUCAGAAAUUUCAAAAAGAAAAAAACUAAAUGAAUCUGAACUUUAUUCCAAUCCAUCAGUGCUUUGUAAUAGUACUUCUGGUAUACCUUCUGAAGAACCAAUGAUACCAUGUAUUGUUCAGCAUCAAAGUUCAUUUGGAAUUCAAAUGCUUCAUGACAUUAAUAGACAUGUACCUCGUUGUUUCGGUCACUAUAUUUAAAAUACUUUUCAGUAUAUUAUAAUGUUAAGAAAGGUAAUAAUAUAUAUCAUUAUAAAAAAUAUAUAUAUUAUAUCAGUUAUUUGCUGAAUUCUCAUCACAUUUCUUUUAAUUAAAUUUUCUGAAUUUUAAUGAGUAUUUUGAUAAAUACACACAAUUUUUAUGUUUUGUAUUA